AUGCCGAACAACAAUUCCGGUUUGAUAUCAAUAAUCACAUCUCUUUUGAGGAUAUGUUGUGGAUCAUCACAAGAACCUUCAGCACCUCAACAACAGCAUCAACAAGGUUAUCCUCAACAGCAACAGCAUCAACAAGGAUAUCCAGGUCAGAACCAAUACAGUCAACAACAGAAUGCUUAUCCACCGCAGGGCCAACCUAGCUGGGCAAAUGUCGCUGGACAUCAACAACAGCAACAGCAACAGUACUAUCCUCAGCAGCAGCAACAACCUUAUCAACCCCAAGCACAAUACCCUGCGCAUGAUCAGCAGCAACCACAGAACAACCACCAACAGCAAUAUCAGACAAAUGGACAUGCACCUAGCAAACCCCAUGCACCGCUUGGCGGUGUGGUAGGACCUCAUCAUCCAGCUCAGAAUCAAGAUCAAAUUAACGCUACCAAUGCUCGAUACACCGAACUGAGAGAUAAAGCUAGAAGAGAAGGUGAUGAAGCUCAUCGAUGUUUCGCAGAGUCACAACAAGCUUACCAAUCUGGAGAUGGCGCCAGAGCUCAUGAAUUGUCUCUCCAAGGUAAAAAUCAUCAAAAGAGACAAGACUAUUUAGAUGAUGAAGCCGGGGCAUGGAUAUUCAAUGAGAACAACAAGCAAUCUCCUGACGAUACGAUAGAUCUACAUGGGUUAUACGUGAAAGAGGCUAUUGAAAGGGUUGAAUCUGCCAUUACUCAGGCUCAGAGAUCAGGUCAUUCAGAGGAAUUAAGAGUUAUCGUUGGAAAAGGUAUUCAUUCGCAAGGUGGUAGAGCCAAAAUCAAGCCUGCUGUAGAGGAUCUAAUGAGAAAGUACAACUUGACGGCUCACGUCGAUCCAAGUAACACUGGUGUCCUGAUCGUGGAUUUACAAGGACGUGGAGGUGGUCAAAGAUCAAGAGAUGCAGGUGGACUGGUCGAUCAAUUAGACAAGGAUGACGAGGGAUGUAAGAUCAUGUAA